AUGUCAGAUAGUGUUGGUCAAGAAUACGAGCGCACUGCGUUCAACGUCAACACCUCUUCCUCCCGUCGUGCUAUCAGAACUGUAUCGUUUCCACCUCUCUCCCUGGAAUCGUGGCUCCUCAUGAACUUGCGGUUCUGGUUGGAAGCAGCGAUGUCUACUCUGCCUGGUCAUGAUCAUACAUCCAGCUCCACCCCCUCCUUAGACGGCAAAGGGGGUACAGAUUCAUCUGCGGAAGCAGGAAAGUCAACGAGAAGAACGGGUCUCAGCUAUGUUUAUUAUCGUCUAUACACCAAACUCGGUGCAUUCCAAUCAAUUCACCCCAUUUACCACAACGACCAUUUAAUUGGCCGAAUUCCAACGAAAUCUUUUCCCCCUCCUCAUACCGUGACAUCUAUCAAGCGAUCCCUAUGCAAAUUUGAGGGCCUUUUGGGGCCCGACAAGGCGCUUGUUUUCGCACCUCUCUCAAGCCCAGCAUCCAGAGAGAACUCUGCCCGCAUCUCUUUGAACGCUCCUUCUGGGCCAGGCCUGUCUGAACAUGAUCCGAUCGCGCUGGUUGUCGAGUCGGAGAAGCGGACCAAGGAGGUCUCGCAGUCGGAGAUAUACUAUCGUGUUUAUCUAUCAGAGGGCGAAGGGGAAGAAAAGGCAAAGACGUCGUUUGACGAAAGUGACAUUUCGUUAGGGCGCAUCGACACCCUCUUCAUCGCUCCCCCUCUCACUGCUGGGUCUCUGAAAGCACAUAUCGCAAAAGUUGAAGGCCUGGUCACGCCGGGUCAUGCACUGUACAAGGAUAUGGAACUCUUCCAAGACACGAAUAGUGACGCUGCCAUGAGCGACAGUGAUAUCAUAUCCUUUGAACAUGACACUUAUCCCGGUAGUGAUGAAGGCGACCCCGUAGCCCUUGUCAAUGCAGCCGCCAAUACAGCAACGGACCAAAAGACUAAGCGUACGCCAGGUAAAGUUCGCGGCGAACAUCCAUUAUACACUGCAGCAACAAACUGUGCUUUUCAAGGUGGACCAGCUCCAAAACUCAUGAAACCCGCUCGAAUACUUUAUACUAAUGCACGCUAUGAAGUAAACAAGCAUACCUGGCUAUCAGUAAUCCAAGAUGAGAUCGUUCACACGGAUGGAGUUGUCGUCUCCAUGAUAAACUGGAUUGACAAUCGGUAUUAUCCAGCAUACAUGGCGAUCAAUUCCAAGGGUGAAAAAGGCUUUGUGGAACAGGCGCCAAUGCCUUGUGGAUGGGCGCAUGACAAAGGCGUGCCCGAUAUCUUUUUCCUCAGAUCGUUCUGGUUGGAAACAGCAAUGUCUACUCUGCCUGGCCAUGAUCAUACCUCCAGCUUCACUCCUUCCUUGGACGGCAGAGGGGGUGUAGAAUCAGCAUCUAAAGAUGGAAAGUCAAUGAAAAGGACGGGUCCUAACUAUGGCGCAUUCGAAUCAAUCCAUCCCCUCUACCACAACGACCGUUUCAUUGGUCGCAUUCCAACGAAGUCUUUUGCCCCUCCUCAUACAGUGGCGUCUAUCAGGCGGUCCUUGUGCAAACUUGAAGGCCUGUCCGGGCCUGACAAGGCGCUUGUAUUCACACCGCUCUCAAGCCCAGCACCGAAAGAAAACUCUGCGCGCCUCUUUUUGUCCGCUCCUUCUGGGCCAGGCUUGUCCGAACAAGAUCCGAUCGCAUUGGUUGUCGAGUCGGAGAGGAGGUCCGAGGAGGUCUCGCAGUCAGAGAAGCUCCCUGAACGCACUGAUGAUACCGAUAUCCACUACGGCAAGUCCUGUCGAUCUCUCCUACAUAAAUAUUACACUCAUCAGCUUUGCAGUAGUGAUAUUUCGUUGGGGCGCAUCAACACCCUCUUCAUCGCUCCCCCUCACACCGGGUCCCUGAAAGCACAUAUCGCAAAAGUUGAAGGCCUUGUUACGCCGGGUCACGCACACUACAAAGAUAUGGAACUCUUCCAAGACACGAAUAGUGAUGCUGGCAUGAACGACACUGAUGUCAUGUCCUUCCAAGGCGACGCUUAUCCGGGUAGCGCUGAAGGCGAUCAUGUAGCCCUUGUCAAUGCAACCGCCAACAGAGCAGCAGACCAAAAGGCUAAACCUACACCAGGUAAUGUUCUCGGUGAAUAUCCACUAGACACUGCGGCAACAAACCGCGCCUUUUCAGAUGAACCAGAUUCCAAAUUCACGAAACGCGCUCGGGCAAAGGGUGUUCACUGGUGGCCAGGAUACAUGGCGAUUAAUUCCAAGGGUGAAAAAGGCUUUGUGUACAAGGACUUUAUUGCUUUUGAUUGA